AUGGGAGAUGUUUAUGAACAGACUUGGGGAUACGGGAUCCAGAUCCGAGGCGCGGAUCCGGAUCAGAAUAUAGAUCCCGUUGGUGAUCCGAUUUACCAGCGGCCUCGUGGAUCAUCUGGGAUCAAUUCCCCGGAUCCAGGUCAGAAAAGAGAUCUAGAUCCAGUUUAUGAGCAGCCUUGGGGAUCUGAAAUCCCGAUCCGGGCCCCGGAUCCAGAUCAAAAUAUAGAUCCUGAGGGGCAAGUUUACGAGCAGGCUUGGGGAUCUGAAAUCCCGAUCCGGGCCCCGGAUCCAGAUCAAAAUGUAGAUCCGGAGGGGCAAGUUUACGAGCAGGCUUGGGGAUCUGAAAUCCCGAUCCGGGCCCCGGAUCCAGAUCAAAAUGUAGAUCCGGAGGUGGAGGUGUACGAGCAGGCCUGGGGAUCUCACUUCCAGAUCCGAGGCGCGGAUCCAGAUCAAAACAUAGAUCCGCGCCUUUGGAUCCCGCUGAGGGAGCGUCGUGGCCGGGAAGGUUUCGGGACGACCGGGCGCGACGAGAACGUAGGCCGGCCUUCCCGUGACCGCAGCCCGGUGUUGGUGUUUCCGGCCGCGCCUGGGGCGCCGGAGGGCGGAACGAGCGACCCGGGUGGACCCGACCCCGUGCCGGAGGGACCCGAUCUCGUACCGGAGGGACUCGACCCCAUACCGGAGGAACCCGAGCCUGCGCCCGGUGAAGCUGAACCCGUGGACCUGCUGAAUCCGCUAUACGUCUCUGACCUCCCGCCAGGUAAUGUCCAGGACAACACCAUCUGUGGAAAUGGGCUGUCACGUGGCCGGCUGGUAUGCGUCGCCGUGGCAACGGUCGUCAUGGUAACGCUGAUGACGUCAGUGCCCUUUGCUGUGAUGAUGGACCACUCCAACCCGAAAAGUGCAGGGGCGGCUACUAUCCUGCGCACCGGACACCUGCCGGGCUGGCAGACCUCCCAACCCGCGGUGCCGGCCCCACGUGUCCCGGUGAACCCCGUGCCUCCUCACGGCGAUGCGGGCAAGCCAAACCCGCCCGACGUGCCUGGUCCUCGGCGCUUCACCCCAGCCACUGGGAGGACCAGUGAAGAAGUGCUUGCCGGAGGGGUGGUGAAGAUCCGCACGUACGGAUUCGAUCCUAAAGAGUCGUCCCCCCGCGGAGUGGAAGUGUCCAUCGACAACGAGAUCUUCGUCACCGACAGCGUCAAACGCCUGGUGCAGGUGUACAAC